AUGCAGGAGGAAAUGGAAGACGACGAAUUUGCUAACUGUCUGGUAUUCAGCGACGAAGCGACAUUUCAUUUAAGUGGAAGGGUGAACCGUCAUAACAUUCGGAUACGGGGCACGGAAAAUCCUCAUAUGAUUGUGCAACCUGAAAGGGAUUCUCCAAAAUUGAAUGUCUUCUGUGCAAUCGGUAUCCAAAAAUAA